GCCGCGAUGACGACGAAAGAAGAAACCCCCUCGAGGAGCCCGCGUAACGACGGCGACGACCACGAAUACCGGCCACCUUCCUGUGCCUUCCUUUUCCGUGGGUAUCCCUCUCGGUUGGCCUCUAUAAAAGUUCGGAAGAGCCUCGACCGCACGCCACACGCGUGAAAGCUCGCAAGUGAAACGCUCGACAUUCCUCUUUUUCUACGUGCCUCACAUUUCGGGAGUACUACCUUGAGCCUCCGGCGCGCGCACACACGUGGGAGAAAAUGCGGACCACCGCGGGCACGAUUUUCGCUAUCGCCUGCUCGUCGAUCGCGCUGACGCUCGCGAAACCGGCGCCGGAGCCGCCGGUGAGCUCGUACUUUCCGUCCUCCGGAGGGGGUGGCGGCGGCGGCGGCGGCGGUGGAGGAUACGGACCGCCCGCGGCGGCUUACGGGCCGCCGCAACAGAACCCGGUGAUCCACAAGCACGUGUACGUCCACGUGCCGCCGCCGGAAGCGCCGGAGUAUAGGCCGCCCAAGAACAUACCGCAGCCGCAGCCGCCGCAGAAGCACUACAAAAUAGUGUUCAUCAAGGCGCCGACCCCGCCUACGCCGACCGCGCCGCAGCUGCCGCCGCUACCGCAGCCGGACGAGGAGAAGACGUUGAUCUACGUCCUGGUGAAGAAGCCGGAAGAGGCGCCCGAUGUCGUGCUGCCGACGCAGACACCGACGCAGCCCAGCAAACCGGAGGUCUACUUCAUCCGCUACAAAACUCAGAAGGAGCAAGGCGGCGGCGAAUACGGCCCGCCGGGGCAACAACCGGGGCAACCCAUCGACAGUUACGGGGCACCGCAACCGGGCCCCAGCGGACCGUACUAGAAUCGGUCGUCGCAUGGAGCGCACAUCACUCUCACCCUCGAGACCCUCGGCAUUUCACGGAGACAAAU